GCACUUGUAUAAUCACACUUCGGAUAUAAAUUAAAUGCAAACAAACAAUUUUUUUAGUUUAAGUUUUUAAAAAUAACUUAAAAUUUUUACUCAAAAUUCUUUGAGCACUAGAUUUGCUUCAAUUUGAAGGAAAACUACUUUUUGACAAAAAGUCCAUAAAUCAAUACAACUUUUACGGAGACAAAAAUGUUUGAGAAAGCGAUCGAAGAUUUCCGCAAAAAUGGUUUUGCAGUCAUUCCCGACUUCAUCGACAGUGAGUUCGUCGAAGAACUCAAGAAACGGAUCCACGAAUUGGUCGACAAUAUUGACGUAACAAAGGAGAAGAUGGCCACCGAUGAGACAGUGAACCCGUCGGUCGACAUCGAGUCUGCGGACAAAAUCCGUUUCUUCUUCGAGAAGGAGGCCUUCGAUGAAAAGGGAAACCUAAAGGUUGACAAACAUAAGGCUCUCUUUCGCAUCGGCUUUGCGUUGCAUUGUUUGGAUCCGACGUUCAAGAGGUUGACCUUCAGUGACAAAGUGAAGGCAUUGGUCAAAGAGCUGGGCUUUGAAUCACCCCGAGUGGCACAGAGUAUGUAUAUAUUCAAGAACCCCGAGAUCGGGGGUGUGUUCAUCCCGCACCAAGAUGCCACAUAUCUGCACGCCGUGGGCGACGACCUCCGCGAGGCCGGCAUUUGGUUUGCUCUCGAAGACGCCACUGAAGACAACGGUUGUCUGUCAUUCAUUCCGGGCUCUCAUAAGACAGGACUUCAUCGCCAAUACGUGAGGAAUGAGAAGGAAAACGAUCCGCCAUUUGUGUUCACAAAAGACAAUCCCGACUAUAAGGACGAGGACUUUGUGUUGGCGCCGGCGAAGAAGGGUUCAGCCGUACUCAUCGACGGACUGGUGGUUCACCGAUCGGCACAGAAUCGCUCGGCGAAGGGUCGGCCA